GUAAAUUAGCAUGCUAGUCAACACAUGAUGAGGAUGAGAGGAGCUGCAGUACUGUGGUGAAAAAGAAUGAAUUCAUGUAAAGGUCACACAUGAGUAUUAACUGCAGGGCUGCAGAAAGUUUCCAACAUCAAUGUAUAAACCGCGGAUAACAGUCAGGAAAUUACAAUGUGUCAUUUCUUCAGAAAAUGUCUUAAGAUAUUUGGCAACAUCCCGGUCCACAUUUCAAAACCUCAAUUCCAUUUAAUGAUCUUGCGAGAAUAGUGCUUUCUUCCUGUGAGGGUAUGAAAGAGGACUUGAGGGGGAACUCUCACACAGAGAUGCAAAUAACCCUGUUUGACAGCUGAACUUCAGGAGACAGACGUCUGUCUUAUAGCUCACAAUCACCUCUUGACUGAAUCUUAGAGGUCACAAGUCAGAAGACAAAACUACUUGAACGUAACGUCAACGGACACAUCAAAGGACUCCCACAGCUCACAAUCAAUACUUGACUGAAACUUAGAGGUCACAAGGAUGUCAGAAGACAAAAUCUGCUCAGAUGUAAUGCCAAAGGACACAUCAGAGGACUCUACCACAGGUACAAACUUGUCAUUAAAGAUGUCCGGUGAAAAUCAGGCAAAAGGGAAUGCUCAGAGUUCUAAGAAAGCAAAUUGUUGCCAGUUAACCGUGGAUGAGGUUGGUCUCCUGAAACUGAAGUUAACCAUCCUGGCCGUCCUCUGUGUCAUCCUUGGAGCUUUUCUUGUGGCUUUUCAAGUGCUUUCUUUCAUGAGGGUGGAGAAUGCAGAAACUGAAAGGAUGUUAAUUGAGCAGAAAAACAGAAAUGAUGAUCUCACCAAGGAGAACACAAAGCUGAAGACUGGGCUACAAGGAGGGAAGUGUGCGGAUGGCUGGCAGUACUUUGAUGGAUCAUGUUACCACUUCUCCACUGAUACGAAGAACUGGACUGAGAGUAGAGAUGCCUGUGUGACUAUGGGAGGACACCUGGUCAUCAUAAACAGUCAACAAGAACUGGAUUUCCUGAAGGCCAGACGGGAGAUGGGAGAUGGGCGGUCCCAGCAAGAUUUCCACUGGAUUGGUUUAACUGAUGCUGAGGAAGAGGGCGAAUGGCGCUGGGUGGACAACACACCCCUCACAGACCCAAAGUUUUGGGGCACAAACCAGCCAGAUAACUACAACACAGAAGACUGUGCCAUGAUUUUUGCAGGAAAGUUGUAUGACAAAGACUGUCGCUCACUUAAAAGAAUCUGUGAGACUAAAAGCUGUAUGGCCGGGGUUUAACUAAUAUUACCACAACAUCAAUUUAUUUACCCACUCAAAUUCAUUUAUGCUCGAAAAAAUUGCUUAGAAGAAAUGUUGUAGGGGUGUCUGACGUGCGGUAUGGAUUUGACAUUAAUUGCGUUUGGUCUGAUUCCUGGACAUAAAACUAGGGAAACACUUUAGUUUAGGGAACAUAUGUUAACCAUUCACACAUAACUAAUAUGUGUCUGUAUAAGUGCCAAAUGAAGUCUGUAUUAAGCAUCAUUUAUUAGGCCUGUUUUAGCCUCUUUUUUAAUCUCACUGAAUAUGUAAUAUAUUCUUGGUAUAUCCUUAAUAAUCAACUAGUUAGUCUCAACCUAAUCUUACUGAUAUAUGAUAUGUUUUAAGAAUACAAAUAGAAAGCUUGUAGCCUGCUAAGCCGCUGUCUGAAUAUGUUACCUGUAGGAACAAAAUAAUUGUAGAAUAAGUAUCUCUACUGACAAACAGUAUUUCAUUGCUCAAUGCAAAGGCACAGCAGGUCCAUUAAUGGUAAUUGUACUCACCCAGGCUGCUAGUGGUGACUGGGAGGCAGUAACGGUUAUGGUACUCACCCAGGCUGCUAGUGGUGACUGGGAGGCACAAAAAUCUACGCAAAAUUGAGAAAGAAGAUUUCCACACAGUAUUUUAAUUCCCGAUUUCCAUGUUUAAGCACAUCAAAGAAAAUCAGAUAACGGGUCGUUUUUUCGUUUUCCGUUUUCUAUUAUCAAAACAAAAAACGAAAAAGGGGGGAUUUUGGAUUUCUCAUUUCAAAACGAAAAUCCAUUGGCCGCAAAGUACACGGACCAAUCUGAAGCACUGACCCGUUUUCUACUGCCGGGCACUUCACUGCAACUGAACAAACUUACCACUCUCCC